CAGUUGUCAAGUUAUGUGAAUCUAAACAGGUUCUUGAAAGAUGGUUCGAUUAACUAACUCAAUAAUACUAAUCUUCAUUGUGAUAUGUGCUUUGUUUUCGAUGUCUGAGCAACUUAUUUUUAAAGUAGACGGUUUUCCAAUCAAUUUAAAUGACAUAUUAAAUGCCCAAAUAAUGCCGGCUCAUGUUUUUUUAUUGGGAUUAGAUGAGCACAGGGCUGAAAAGUACACGCAAGACUUUCUGUCUGCCUUACAACGCAUGGGAUAUCACAGAAAAAUGAUGCAGCAAUUCAUGGCAUCGGAUUACUUGACUAAUCAAAUAAUAAAAUGGAAGAUGGCAUACAACAAUUUUAAAAUUGGGAAACGUUUUGGAAAACUACAAAAUGAAAAUAAUUCGACAACAGAAGAUGCGGAAAAUUACAGAGCAAAGAAGUUUCUAUAUGAUAUUGGCUCUUCGCAUUAUAAUGAAUGGCUUAAGAGAACUACAACACUGGACGAUAUUAGACGUCAAUUAUUAGAAACUGGAAAAUAUUUGAAAAACAACGAAAUGAGAUUUCAGGGACAAGAAAUAAAAUCAACUACAAAACCCCAUUCUACUUUUCUUCUUGAAGACAAUGAAUGCGAUGAUGGCGAUAUUACUGGAUAUGCUUAUGAUAGUUCGCACCACUUAAAUUUAUAUCCACAGACUUUUUCUCUGAUGCCGAGAUUGUCAUUAAAAAACACACACAUUGCAGAAAAUACUGAACCAAUCAGUAAAUCUGGAUAUGAAACCAGUUACGCCAACUUUGAAGUCCACGAUCCACCUGCAGAACAUAUAAAUGCAAUAUUGGAGCCGACAAAAUUAAUCAAAGAAAUUAGCCUUAAGGAUAUCACUGACAUCGCUCUAACAACGCUCGCGUUUUUAUCGUUUGGAAUGUUUGUCUUGCAGGUUCUAAUGUGUAUUACAAUGAAUAAAGACGAAAGCAAUAAUUUGAUGAUGCUACCUAUGGAAGCUACAGAAACGAUUGAAACAAGUGAUGGUAAUGAUGAAAUUCGACGAAGAAAGCGUUCUCUCGACGAGGAUAUUGCCAAAUUACGCGACAUUAAUCAGCUAAGUGAUGUUCUCCUAACCAAACUGGAAAAUCCGUCAUUGUAUACAAAUAAAAAAAAAUAUACAAAUUUAAAUCAAGAACUUUGCAAGUUUGCUGCAAUUAUACGGAUGCCUUUUAAUACAAAAAGUCUUUGGAUUGCACUACACAGUUUGGGAACCAGUUGGAUUGCGUAUCGAAUAUCUAAUAACCACCUUUCAUUGAUAAAGCUCCUCGCUCAUCUCUUUGAUAUCUGUGGCUGAUUUAAGUGUAAAAAUCAUAAUCAUAAUCAUAAUUGAAUGAAUCGAGCGCCUUUUU